AUGAUUCUAUCGACCUGGACUUCUGUUCUGGCGGCAGCUAUAAUUGCACCUGCCCUCAUCUCCGCCACGCCUCAUGGAUUGCAUCCACCUUCUACAGGUCAAGGCAUUGCUGCCGAUGACUUCGUCUCAGUCGAUGGCUUCAACCUCAAAGACCGUCAAGGGAUUAUCUAUCUCACCGGCAUGAACUACUGGUCUUGCAUGAAUCUAGCGGCCGACGACCAUGUAGGAGGCAACUACUCACGCUUCAUCACCGAACUAGAUCAGAUGCAAGCUCAUGGCGUCAAUCAUCUGCGUAUCAUGGCAUCUUCUGAAGGCGCCCCGACUUGGCAGCCUUUUAGGAUGUAUCCCGCUCUGCAGGAGGCGCCUGGUGCCUACAACGAAGCUAUUUUCGUUGGCUUGGAUCGCUGCUUGGAUGAGAUGGGCAAGCGAGGUAUGAGGGCCACCAUGACUCUUGCGAACGAGUGGCAAUGGUCUGGCGGCUUUGCGCAAUACGUUAGCUGGUCGACAAACGAUAGUCAGAUCCCGUAUCCCUCGUCAUGGAACUUGACCGCACCACCACAACGCUCGACCCCUGGCACUGGAUGGGGCAACUACACAAUCGAGGGCGUGAACGCUGCUCCCUACAACAACUUUACCGCCUAUGCGAAUCGCUUCUAUACCAACUCGCAGUGUCAGGAGUGGUAUCAAGCACACAUCUCCAAGGUUCUCAACCGCGUAAAUACAGUCAACGGCCGCGUCUACAAAGAAGAUGCAACAGUGAUGACAUGGCAACUCGCCAACGAACCUCAACCCGCUGUCGUUCCAACCGAAUACCUCGGUCCCUACUCUCUUGAACUCCCACCCGCGCCAGAAGACCCCGUGAUCUCAUGGGUCAAGAACAGCAGCGCCUACAUCAAAUCUCUGGCUCCCAAUCAACUCGUCAACGUCGGUUUUGAAGGCAAGCAAGGAAAAUGGUACUACCAAGCCGUUCACAACUUCUCCACCGUCGAUUACGCAACAACCCACUGCUGGGUACAGAAUUGGGGUGUUUAUGAUAUGCUAAACUCAUCUUCUGCAAACCUUGAAGCUGCAAAGAAUUUCGCUACUGCUUUUGUGGCUAAUUCUAGUGAAUGGAGUAAGGAGAUUAACAAACCUGUCUUCUUGGAGGAGUUUGGUAUGGCUAGGGAUAAUUGGGAGAAUGUGGGAAAAGAAUACUUGUAUCUGAGUUCGGCUGGAACUAGCAACAAGGAUGAGUAUUUCAAUGUAAGUCUCAUGCACUUCAGUCACCAAUCAGUCACUAACAAAGGUCACAGANCCAUCAUCGGAGCCGCCAUGGAUGACUUCAAGUCUCAGAAUGGCUCAUACGUCGGUACUUGUCCUUGGGCGUAUGGCGGUCUAUACCGUCCAGAGACACAGCAUAUGAACGCAUUCGGUGAGGUAUGGGCUGGCGAUCCUCCCCACGAGGCUCCUGGCUGGUACGAUUUGUACGACACGGAUGAGGCUAUGGGCAUCGUGUAUCGCCAACAGCAAGACAUUGCCAACUUCUUGGGCAAAAAACCCUAG